GCUGCUCUCGCAAACGGCACGCAUAUAUGCCUAUAGGCGCGCUUGGCUGUCUGUGUGUGUGUUUGUCUUUGCCAGCGUUGUGUGUGUUUAUGCGCGCGACACACACAUAUACACACACAAGCACGCGGUGCCGGAAAGAAGACUUCCUAAUAGGCGGUAUAAAAGGGACAGCCAAAAAUAAAAAAAAAGCGCAGUAUAAGCGGUUAAUUUAUCGUGCUUAUUAGUGUUUGCUGCAAUUAUCGUUAUCGGUCAAUGGGAUAAACUCACCUCCCUCCCUCCCUCACUCCCAUAAAGAGCCUUGUGUAUUCCAAAUCGAAAACAAACGCAAAGCAGGCGGAGAAUGACAUGCUAAGCUGUAACGUGAUUUGUGCCAAAAGUUUUUUGUAUGCGACGAGUAGAAUGCGAAAGCAAAACAGGGAAAUAGAAGUAGAAAAACAAACGAUUUGAGUCCCCCAGGAUUUCGCAACCAUCAGCGGCAGGAGCAGUCUUAAGAGUGAACGAGUGAGUGAUGAGGCAGCUGGCGUGGGAGUAACAUUCACCAUAAGUAUGGCACCAGCGUUAACCGCGGAGCCACUGAGUAGCAAGGAGAAAUUAACCAGCACCGCCUCCCCCGCAACAGGGACACGACAGUCUGUGCGCAAACUGGAGUCGCCUAGCGGUGGCGGCGGCGGUGGCAGUGCCACAAGCGAUACUACAAAGAAGCCAACUGUUGCAGGAGCAACAACACCUGGAUCUGGAUCGACGACAACGCGUGUUACACGCUCCAAGGACGCAGCAAAGCGCACUGUGUCGCCGUCCGUGCAAACAACAGUGGCAACAACCAAUAAUCAUAAUAAUAAACGUAAAUCCAACAAUAACAACAACCUACACAACAAUAACAACAGCAGGAGCUACAGCGAAGUCCUCCCAGCGAGUAAUGAUCAAAUGGGCCUAAGCGCCGCAACAACACACACGAGCAGCAGCAGCAACGACGGCAGCGCAGCAGCAGCUACCAACAGCAGCGGCGGCGGCAACGUUGCCAGCGACGCCACGGUAGACGCCACUGUUGUUGCAGCCGAGCACAACAACAACUGUAAGGAGCUGCUGGCAAAUUUGACGAGUGACUUUGAGGAGGCAAUCUCAGCAGAGAUUUGUCUACGCAAAACGCUGCCAGAGGUUAGCCUAAGCAAGGAACAACCUGCCACAACAGCUGCAGUCACAGCAUCAGACUCCAUGUCCGUGUCCAUGGCAGCUGAGGAAACUCAGGCCCAGUCAACGAGUGGCACAGUGGCAGCAGCAGCAGCUCCAGUAACAGAAGCGUCAACACUACCUCCUCCAUCACCAUCAACAUCCUCAAAUCACACUCCAACAGCAGAUGCAACAGUUGCCGAGGCGCCACAGCAGCAAAUAGCAUUCGAUCCCGUAGAUAACACAUCGUUGCGACUGGAAGAUGCUGCCGAUGCUCCCGACAACAUUGAGGCUCGCCUGAGUCAAUUGGAUGGAUCGCCAAUUGUGGACAUAAGCGCUUCAUCGCUGGAAGCCAGCGUAGCAUUGCCACUGCAGCAGGAGCCAGUGCAGCAGGAGUCAGUGCAACAGGAGUCACUGCAACAGCAACCAGUCCAACAGCCACCACUACAGCAGCCUGAUCUACUCGCCUCACCACAACAUUCAGUUGCCCGCCAGACUGGCGCCUUAUUGACGCCGCAGAGCACUUCCAGUUCAAUAAAUUUCCUUAAGGAUGGCGCCGCUGGCGCUGUGCUUGAGGAUCAGGAUAUCGAGGAGGUGCUGAAGGCGCUCAAAACCCUAGACGGCACACAUGUGAAUCCGGAUACAAUCUGUGAUUUUAACUUCUUCAAUGAAGUAUGUUUCCUCAACAACGAAGAGGAGGCGGCGGCAGCAGCUGCCGCUGUUGCUGGCGUUGCGACAGCAGCAGCGUCUGGCGUAGUGGGAGGAGAGUGCAACCUGCCUGUGCCCAGCAUGGAGGUGGAGGAGAAGCCGAGUUGCAGCAACAGUGGCAACAUAAAUGCGUCACUCAAGCGACCCUGGCAAGAGAGUCAUGCCGAGCUUGAAGAACAACAGCAUGUGUUGGAACGUAAAAUGGAUUUCAUGCUGCGACGCAUUCGCAAGUUUCAAACGCGCCAGAUGUGCCAUCAUGCCAGCGCCGAGGUCGCUGGUAUUCUGGAGUGGUCGGCGCGUAGUUCACAUAAGGCGGCGCCAUCGGCACCGGUGCGAAGCGCUAAGCUAACAGAACAGGAGGACACUGUGUUGUCGAUAGUAUCGGGAAGGCCGGGCGUUGGUUUCUGGGAGGAUCUAAUUAAGCAUCCGCUGCCUGCCAGCCAGAUGAGCAAUGUUAUGCGUCACAUUGAGACGGCAGCGCGUAAGCAACAAAUCUGUCAUACAAUUGGCGGCGGCUCAGCGUCGUUGGCAUCCUCCUCAUCCUGGUACAGCAAUGCCGCACAGCCGGGCAAGCGUUCGCGAAAAUUGCAGCAGGCGAACGAUGCCAUUGUCAGCAGCAGCUCUUCGGGAGCAGUCGGAGGAGCAGUAAAUGCCGACGGAAUUGUGAUGCCACGUGCCGAUGAAAUCGUGCCCAACUUUGAUAACUAUGUGACCAGCGAGCUGACCCAUGUAGCGGGUCUUUUGUACACAGAAAUGCGUGAGGUGCAGCAUGCCAUCGACUCAGAUGCCACCGAGUCGAGCUCUGGUGGCGAAUCCGCCGAUGAGAUGGUCAACUACAACAAUACCCAGCAAUUGUCCUUACCAAUAUCACGACGAGCAGUCUGGCGCUACACAAGGGAUCGUGCUGCUAUUGCGUUACGCUGGACCUGGCUGUGCGCCCAAGUUGCCGAUCUGGAGAUGAAGAUACGCCAGCACAACGAUGUGUACAACGAUCUGUAUCGCUCCAAGGGCGAUGUACUGCUCGAGUCAACGCCAGCGCCCAAGAAAGGAGAUAACGAGCUGCAAUCGACGACGGGGGAUUUAGCCGAGCAGUCAGCGACGGAACCGCAGCCGGAUUGGCUUUGCAGUCGCACGCGUCCAUUGAUGUUGUCAGAGUUUCGCAAACGGAAGCUCUUCCAGACCAUCAACAUGCACACAAUAUCAAAGAAGGCGGCACGCCCGAGCAACAUCAAAUGUGGCUGCCAAUGGCCGCAAGUGCCGUGCACUUUGUGCACUGGUCGACCGGAUCCGACGGCACCGCGAGAUCUGCCCGAAACGCUAAUGCCCCAGAAUCGUGUGGCGCUGCUUGAUGCCAGCUAUCACCCAGUGCUAAGCUUUCCCGAUGAUGUGUGUCAGUCCGUGCAUCUGGAGGCGAUUAGUCGACAGCCGGAUUGGCAAUAUCGUGUGAUGCGCAGCCAGGCCAAGGCCGUGGUGAAGAGUAUGAUGAAGGCGGAACGUGAGGCGCUCGCUCUGAGCGGCGGCGGUGGCGGAGCUGCUGGCUCUGGACGACGAACGGGCGAUGCAACAGUCAAGCGUCGUUAUGUGCGACGCAAGGAGCGCAAUAAUAAUAACAAUAGCAGUCGAAACAACACCAAUAACAGUAAUAAUAACAACAACAACAGCAACAUCAAUAAUAAUAACAGCAGCAGCAGCAGUAAAGAAACAUCAACGACUACAACAGCAGCUGCAAUAGCACAACAAAGUGGAGGAGGAGGAAACAUCGUGGGAUUGGAUAGUGGAAACGGUACUGGUACUGCAACUACUUCUUCUUCUUCUACGCCUACUACAACGCCACUUGUGGCCAACACAGCAGCAGCAGCGAACAAAAGGCAGCAUCGUCAGUUGGCCAGGACAAGUGGGAACGGCAGCUUAAAUUCGCCGUUGCCUGAUCCAAAGCAGCACCAGCAAAAUCAUCAAUACAACCAGCAACAGCAACACAAUCCCUCUCUGAUCUCCAGCGGCAAUGGCGCUAAAAAGUCUCGUAAAUCUGUCUCAAAGCGACAACAGCAGCGGCAGCAACAACAAUCAGCAAAUAAUAUUAACAACAGACACAACAACUGCAGCGGUGAUGAUUCCCAUUGGGAUCAGCAGCAACAUAGUCGCCGCAAUUCCGCCGAAAUUCACGGCCAUCGCAAUGAACGCACUUCAGAGAGACGUCGUCUCGUCUAUGAUAUUGACAACAUCGUGAUACCAUAUAGCAUGGCCGCCCAGACGCGUGUGGAGAUCCUGCCCUACAAGGAGAUACCCACACCAAAGUGGCGCAUUGUGGAUAAAAAUAAUAAGAGUAAUCAACAAAACGCAGCCGAUGAGACACUUAGCAAUGGUUGUAUCGAAGGGCAAAAAGAGCAAACGAAAACAUUGCCGGAAACAUCAACUGAAUCAGCAACAUCCACAACCAAUUCACCUGCAGCUACGUCAGCAACAACUUCAUCAACAAUCUCACUCACAACAUCAGCAUCGACAACAACAAGCUCGGAUACAAAGGAGCAGAAUGAAGCUAUUGCCAAACCAGUUGCCGGCAAAGUAAAUGGCUUGAAACAGGCGAGCAAGAAAAAUUCCCUAACAGCAACCGGUGAAAAGCCAUUGGAGCAGCCACUAACCAAUGGUCUGGUCAAUGGCAAUGCUUCAAAGCCAACAGAGGAUGCUAUGCUGAAGCCAGCCACGCCAGUCAAUGGCAAAAUAAAAAAGCAUGGACAUAAGUCAUCAAAAAAGGAUACAAAGGAGCCACCGAGCAAGCGUCCCAAGCUGCAGCUAAAGGAGAAAAACAAGACAGAGGCGGUGGCAAAGUUGCCAUCAGCAGCCGCCGCCACAAACGCUAAUGAUGAGGAGGAGAUCGAAGACACUUCAGAUGAGGCGUACAUUGUGCGUCAUCAGCUUGCGAUGCUCGAGGAGAAACGUCUCUACGAAGCCUAUCUCAAUUUCCCUGGCAAUAGUCGCUCGCGUGCCAAUCGUCGGGCCGACAGUCGAGCCGAAUCGAGUGGGGCCAACACACCAGAUCCAGCAUCACCGGCCGCUUCAUUGCUGGCUGGUGUCUCUGCUGCUGCUGGUGCUGAUAACGAGAGUGUUCCCUCGCCGUUGGCACAAACGAUGCUAUACAAUCCGCUCGAUUCGAUCAAUGCUGAUGGAGAAACGGGUACGGGUACGGGAACAAAGCUAACGAAACGUCAAGAACGUCGUCGCACCACAUCCCAUAAGCUAAAGGAACCAGAUCGACGCAGCGCCACACCAGAUGCUAGAGAGUUUCCUCGCGAGCCGCCACCGUUUGAGCCGCUUGUAUUUCCACUAUCGGAGGAGACUUAUCAGCGUCUGCUAACUGAGUUGCGAGCCGAGCCAAAGGAGCAAAAGUUGUCGACAUCUUUCAGCAGCACAACAACUUCAAAGCGUGCGAAAAGCAAAUCGGUGUCUUCAAAUGGCGGAGAUGGCAACUCAUCGACAGCAUCCGGCAGUCGACGCAGCAGUAAGGCCAAGGCCAGCAAGUUGUCCAAGACAACGACAAGGUCUCUGAUGACACAGCGUCUGAAUGGUGUCAAAAAUGCAAAACGCCAGAAUGCGACACGUUUGAAUGGAGGCAAAGAACAGCUGCAGCAACAGGGUGAUUAUGACGACGCCAGGGAUGAUUUUGAUCCAGAGGAUGACGAUGAGGAGGAAGAGGAGGAAGAUGAGCUGUUGCUCGAGGAGGAUGAUGAUUACCAUUAUCUGGCGCCGCCGCCAGAAGAUGAACCAUUACCGAAAAGCGUUAAUGAUGACAGCAAUCUGUAUGAUGCGAGCAUCGAUGCCUAUCUCGGCGAACACGAUGUGCUCGACGAUGAGUUGGCCGAUGAUCCGUUUGUGGAUGAUGAUCCCAAUGAUCCGGAAUGGAAGCGCAGCAUUGGUGCGAGGCACGAGCGUAUGCGCAAGCGAGUGUAAGAUGGCGAGAUAGCGAGAGAGAGAAGCUUAGCGAAGGGCGAAUAGAAAGUACGAGUAGCGAGAGAAGUAAGCAGCAAGUGAAACCAGUAAACCAAUCCAAAGUUAUUAAGAUCAUAUAUGCAAAAUGAAUAUCAUUCGUUCUUAUUUUUGUUUUAUCAAUAUUUCGUCAAUUUUUUAAGUCGCAGCAAGCAAGACACACAAAUUUUAACUUGUUUUAAACGAUUUCGUUUCGUUUAUGUUCAGAACGCAUCGAGUUUCAUACAAAAUACAAAAAUCAAAGCUAAGCUCGGGAACGCAUCAAAAAUAGCUAAGUUACUAAGUUAUUUAGUUAUAAAAUAUAUACAAGUGAAGAAGAACACGGCAACCUACACAAAACACACACUCACACCCAUUCAACACAAACAAACACACAAAACAAAAAAAAACUCGUGAAAAUAUUCAAUGUAAAUACACAAAAUAAAAACGAUAAAGAUAAAUAUAAGAGAAGAUAUGUAUGUAUGAAAUUUAUGAAUAAUCCUAAUAAUAACUCUAUUUGCUAAUGAUAAUAAUAUUAACGUAGUUUAACACACACAUACACACACAUACAUCCACACUUAUAUAUAAACAAAAUACACGCUUGUUAAAAGAAGGAAGGAGAGAAAUAAACAAAACCCACUUGGACUACAAGUCGAAAAGUGUGCUACGUUUUAAAUAUAUAAAUAUAUAUAUAUAGCUCUACACUUAAGUAUAAUUUCUAAAGAUAGUUAUUAUAUAGAUCGAGCGAUCUUUAAUAUGUUAAUGUUGAUUUCGAUAUAUACAUAUAUAUAAUUGCGCACCUACAAACAAAACCACAACAACAACAGCUGUAAAUUUAUGCCGUUUUUUUAAAAAAAGUACUUUCCCCGAAAAAUUUAUUAAUAAUUAAUCUAUAUAUUAAAAAUUGAAUAUCUUUAAACAAAUAUGAAGGAUGAACAGCGUCAAAUGGAUUCAUGUAUUUAGUUAUUUUAGGCGCUUUAAUUUGUACUUUUACUUUUUAAACAAACAAAAAUAGUUGAUAAUAGCUAUAGACACUUACAUUUAAAUAUAUUUCAAGUUUGCUACACUCUCAACACACACACACACACUCAUACACAUCUACAGGAUAAUUUUGUUAUCCUUUCAAAACUUUAACUACUUUUUUUGUUUACUUCAAAUUUAUGUAUUGCUCUUACGUUUCUUUUAUUAUUAUGAUCGUAAUUAAAACAACCACACAACAUUAUGUAGCAUUCGUUAAUUUUUGGAAAAAGUGAAAAAUGUGUAUAUGCAAGAAAACUAAGGACAUUAAAAAGCAACAAACACAAAAUACAAAACUCUAUAUUCGUAAAAAGUAAUUAAAAAUCAACAAAAAAAAAAAAAACA